GAGUCAAUAAAACGUUGACAUUGACCUUGCCUGGCUGGCUCCAAAGGAAAAUGGCUGGCGCCGAGCGAGCAUAUGAAACGAUGUCGUUUUUGCCAUGUCAUGUCAUUCACCGUCUUUGAGGGAAAGAAAGAAAGAAACGGUUGAUUCAUUGGAUUUGUUUUAUGCUUUAUUGUUGUCUUGUGUUGUAUGCAUUAACCAACAAACCAAUGCAAGUUCUGCAGAACGCCGGGAUCCGCGUUUUUCGAUCACUCCAUUCCACCCUAUCUUAACCCUCAAAACCUCCCUCCUUCUUCUAAUUACCCACAUUAGCACCUUAUUAUUAUAAAUGCCGAAUUGCCGUUAAGGUAAUUAGUUAAUGUGUGUGAUUGUGUCGUAAUUUAGGAUUCUGUUGCAACUAACGAAACAGUUAAACCGAGGAUUAAAAAGCAGAAGGCGUUGGUUGGUGUGUGGUAUUCGGAGAAAUUGAGGUUGAUCGGCGCCAACAAUGUCUGCUCGAAGUGAACACCAAUCGGUUCCUCUUUCGGUGCUGCUGAAGCGCGAGUUGGCGAAUGAGAAAAUUGAGAAGCCCGAGGUUGUUAUUUUGCACGGCCAAGCUAGUGAGAAUAAGAAAGGAGAGGAUUUCACGCUAUUGAAGACGGAAUGCCAAAGGGUGCUUGGAGAUGGGGUUUCUACCUAUUCUGUUUUUGGGCUAUUCGAUGGACACAAUGGAUCUGCUGCCGCUAUUUAUGCCAAGGAGAAUCUUCUAAAUAAUGUUUUAAGUGCAAUUCCUUCUGAUCUUAACAGAGAUGAGUGGGUAGCAGCGUUGCCUAGGGCUUUGGUUGCAGGCUUUGUAAAAACUGAUAAAGAUUUUCAAGAGAAAGCACAAACAUCAGGAACAACUGUAACCUUUAUGAUUGUAGAAGGAUGGGUUUUAACAGUUGCAUCAGUUGGUGAUUCCCGUUGCAUACUUGAGCCUUCCGAAGGUGGGAUUUUUUACUUGUCAGCAGACCAUAGACUAGAGAGCAAUGAAGAGGAGAGGGUCCGCAUCACUUCUAGUGGAGGUGAGGUUGGUCGUCUAAAUACAGGAGGAGGCACAGAGGUUGGUCCUUUGAGAUGUUGGCCUGGUGGCUUGUGUCUCUCACGAUCCAUUGGUGAUAUGGAUGUUGGUGAAUUUAUUGUCCCUGUACCACAUGUAAAGCAAGUGAAGCUUUCCACUGCUGGAGGCAGGAUUAUUCUCAGCAGUGAUGGUGUCUGGGAUGCUCUAAGUGCAGAAAUGGCCCUUGAUUGCUGUCGUGGCAUGCCACCUGAGGCUGCAGCAACCCAUAUUGUGAAAGAAUCUGUGCAAGCAAAGGGACUUAGAGAUGACACAACCUGCAUUGUUAUUGACAUAUUACCCCUGGAGAAGCCACCUACUUCUGUGCCAACACAAAAGAAACCGGUGAAAGGAAUGCUUAAGUCUAUUUUUCGCAAAAAGUCCUCUGAAUCAUCAACUUUUAUUGAAAAAGAAUACCUGGAGCCAGAUGUGGUACAGGAACUAUACGAGGAAGGGUCUGCUAUGCUUUCAGAGAGGUUAGAAACAAAAUAUCCACUUUGCAACAUGUUCAAGUUGUUCAUCUGUGCAGUGUGUCAGGUAGAGAUUAAACCCGGGGAGGGUAUUUCCAUACAUGAGGGUCUGACUAACCCAGGAAGAUUGCGUCCCUGGGAUGGGCCUUUCCUUUGCUCAAGUUGCCAAGAAAAGAAAGAAGCUAUGGAAGGGAAGCGAACAUCAGACUUAGCAGCGGGAGUGACUGAUGAAUUAUCAUGUACAUUUGCAUUUUGAGAAUGACAGAUUGUUUUAAUGGGAAGGUCAAACUUCCACGCAACAGUGACCCCCCUCGAUUACCUUGGAGGCUUCUCAGGAUACGAAUCUAUUUUGGAAAUCCACAUGAUAAUCAAUAUGGAGUUUUGUGUUGUUCAGUCAAGAGAUUAACCAACAAUUGAAGCUUGUUAGAAGAAUUCUGACUUAGAAGAGAGGAAUAUGAACCAUCCAAAUGUUGUAGUAGGUUGUGUUAAAAGUGGGAAUGCACAUUUGUAUAUAGGUCUUCGGAAUCUCGAAAUGUACCUUUAAUGGAAGUGGUCUUUGUUGUUGUAUUGUUCUACAUGGAGGGUUUUCAAUUUUUUGGGGGUCCAUACAAGUAAGUUUAUUUAGACGUCAUAUAGAUCAUUUCCACUAAGGCUUCUGAACGAUUUUUUUAUUCUUGUAGCCAUUCAGUUUUGAUAAUUUCUUUUACCAUUCCAAUAUUAACUUUAUGUAAUUGAAAAUUCGAAAUGUUCGGAAACCCCCACCUUCAUAAUCCCUUUA